AUGGCUACUACUGUGCCUAAUAAUACUGUUACAUCUACAACAAUGUCGGCUCCAACUUCAUCCGGUAGUGCAAAAGUAACAUUUAAAAUUACAUUGACAUCCGAUCCAAAACUUCCUUACAAAGUACUAUCAGUUCCAGAAAAUACUCCAUUUACCGCUGUUUUGAAAUUUGCAGCUGAAGAAUUUAAAGUACAAGCAGCUACUAGUGCAAUCAUUACGAAUGAUGGAAUCGGUAUUAAUCCAAGUCAAACAGCAGGAAAUGUUUUUCUUAAACAUGGAGCUGAACUUCGUUUAAUUCCACGUGAUCGUGUUGGAAAUUAUUGA